GUUUCGCUUCUGACGAAUUUGAAUACACCGCGCAACUCGAACUGCCGGAAAUUGGUCUGAAUGUCGUUUUAAUAAAGAAUUCAGUAUGACAGAAAAAUAAUAGUUUAUUUUAAGUAAUUAUAAUAAUUAUCCGUAGAAAGUAACAUAAUAUUGAUUUUUGUGCCAGAAGAAAACAUAUAAUAACUAUUUUAUAUUUCGCGGAAAAUUAAGACAUGUGAGACGGAUUACGAUAAUGUAAGUAAAAAGCAGACGUGAAGUAACGUUCGGCGCGUAAACUUUGGUUAAGAUGGUGAAACCAAAGUACAGACGCCAUGGGUUCGUUUCGAAAACGAAGAAGGAGAGAUAUGAAAAAGUAUCUGCAGGGCAAUUGACCCGAUGGAUUAGGGGAGCUAUUCUUAGAGACCACAAUUACUCCGCCAGUGCAACUCCUGUUAACAUUGAUCAUGAUCAAGAAUUGCCAAAUUUAAAUAUACUGGAAAGAGAGGAGGUGGUGGAUGGGGGAGAAGUGACUACAUCUGAGGAUUGGAAGGAGGGAAGGAGAGUGGUAGAACUUGGAGUGUUAGCUGAGGGCUUGCGGGGAUGUUGUAAAUGUGGCUUACCAUUGCAACUUUCACACACAAUUUCUGUACUGACACAUGGUUUAGCUUCUUUGUUAAAGGUCUGUUGCAGCAAUACAAAGUGUAAUCAUAUUAACCAUGUAAAAACGGGGAAAAAACAUGGAAAAGUGUGGGAUGUAAAUACAAAACUAUCAGCAGCAAUGGUACAUGUUGGCAUUGGUGUAACUCAAGUUAACAGUCUCCUUUCUGAGCUGAAUAUACCACCUGUUAGUCAUGCCAUGCUAGACAAUAGACAGAAAGAGAUUGGCAGAGCUGUCCAAGAUGUUGCUGCAGAGUCUAUGUCUAAUGCUUUGCAGAAGGAACUGGGAAUGAUGAAUGAAGAGAUGAAUGAAAAGGGACUAGUUGUUGCUGUAGAUGCUGGAUGGCAAAAACGGGGAAGUGGAAAGACAUAUGAUAGUUUGUCAGGUCAUUGUUCCAUGGUUGGCCCUCUCUCUGGCAAAGUAUUGUCAUAUUCUGUGAGGUCAAAGAAUUGCAGAGUAUGCAGUGUAGCUGAAACAACCAACAAGAAUCCAGCAGCCCAUGAGUGCUCAAAGAACUGGGAGGGAAGUUCAAAGGCCAUGGAGGCAGAUAUGGUUAUUGAGAUGGUAGAAGAUUUACAGAAAAGUGAAGGAAUAACCAUUGACGGAAUCAUAGGAGAUGAGGAUACCACCACAAUAGCAAGAUUAAAAACUAAUGUCAAUGCUAAUAUCAAGAAGUUGUCUGAUAAAAAUCAUCUGAAGAAACUGUUUACAAACUCUUUGUUUACCUUGAAGAAAGAACAUUCAUCUCUAACUUUGUCUGUUAUAAAGUAUAUUCAAAAGUGCUUCAGUUACUCCAUAGCACAGGGAAAAGGAAAUGCUCUUCAAAUCCAAGAAGACCUCUCAUCAAUACCAUACCACAUCUUUGGAGAUCACGAACACUGCUCCGCACGGUGGUGCAAGUUCAUCGACAACCCUAACCUGCGCUACAAGUCUCUUCCACAUGGAAAACCGCUCAAAGAUAGGUUCCUUCAGGAUGAUCUCAAAGAAGUUUUCAGUUCAUAUGCAAGUCAUUCUGAUCGUCUUUCAUGUUUAGGAAGCACGCAAUCAAAUGAGAGUUUUAACAGAAUGGUGUCUGCAAAAGCCCCAAAGACCCAUCAUUACAGCUCCUCUUCAAGCCUCAGAUAUAGAGUUGCUGCGUGUGUAGCUCAGAAAAAUGAAGGUCACAGAUAUCUUAUAAAGGUGAACAAGAAAUUAGGCCUCUCUCCUGGCUACUAUACUCGAAGACAGUGCAUUCUGAGGGAUCUCCAAAGAAAACGACAGAAGGCCAUUUCAAUGACACAGAAAUUUAAAAGGAGAAGGAGAGAAUUGAAAGCCAAGAGAAUUCAAAGUCUUUCUACAAAAGAGACAAGGGAAGGCGUCAGUUAUUUGACAGGAUGUGAUCUCCACCAUGCCUCGGACAUUGAUGAAAUUCCAGCUCCAAAAACAAUUCCAAAGUAUGAUCAUCUUCCUUCAAGUCAGUUGUUAAAUGCUGAAGAGAUCUAUUUCGACUUGGAAACUACUGGACUCGCAAGGGAUUCUCAUAUUGUGCAGUUAUCUGCAGUUAGAAAUGAUGAGGUAUUCAACAAGUACAUCAUUCCAAAAAAACCAAUGACAUCAAAAGCUACAGAAAUAACUGGAAUACAAGUAGUCAACAAUAAAAUGUACCACAAUCAUGAGGAAGUUGAGACAGUCAGCAUUAAAGAUGCUCUGAUCCAGUUUAUGGACUUCAUGAAGAUGUCGGGUCCAGAUGUUGUUCUAGUUGGGCAUAACUCUAAAGUGUUUGACCUUCCUGUGCUCUUCAACAUUUUGAGUAAACUAAACUUUUUGGAGACAUUUUCAUCUGCAGUCACUGGCUUCAUUGAUACAAUUCCUCUUUUCAAAAUGUCACAUCCAAACCUUUCGUCAUACUCGCAGUUACACCUCUUUGCAGAAAUUCUACAAGACAAAUACAGUGCGCAUGACUCAUUACAGGAUGUCAUAGCCUUGAAGAGAUUGGUCGAUCAUACAGGACCCUCCCAUGAAGUCAAAGUUGCUGCAUCCUUCACCUUGAACUCUGCCGUUGCCGUGUUUCAUCACAAGAACACAACAAAGCAUCUAAUGAGUACACUAAGGCCUUUAUUGGACCAAAAGGUAAUUUCGAAUGGAAUGGGAAAUAAGAUUGCCGGCAGUGGACUCUCCUUAUCCCACUUACAACUUGCAUAUCAGAGAAAUGGUAGGGAGGGAGUGCAGGAUGUGCUGUCAGAGAUAGCUGAUAAUAGUGUGCGUGUGACAAAAUCUAAAAAAAUCAUUGAUUCUGUUGCAGAUUAUUUCAGGUCUGAGCAGUAA